GCACUAUUUUUGGAUAAUCGUUCGUGGAGGUCCUUUAAAAAGAGAGAAGCGUUUUAUUUUUUACCUGGAAACAAAGUCUGAUGUUUACAGAAAUUUAAGGUGUACUUUUCAGAAUUGCUGUCUUCUGAGUUCAUACAGUAGUAUGCCCGCAGAACGCAAAAAGUCAGUAAACAUGGAUGAGAAAGAGGCAAGUUCUAUCAGCAGCAAAGACAAAGAGAGUGGAGAUAGGCGACCUGCUUCCACCAGGGAGAAGGGAAAGGAUGAUUCUAAACUUUGCAGCAAGAAGGACAAUCUGAAGGCUGCAGAGGAAAAGAAGAGGAGACUGGAGGAAGAGAAGCGUAAGAAGGAAGAAAAGGAGCGGAAGAAAAAAGAAGAGGAGAAGCUGAAAGCUGAAGAGGACCAGAAAAAGAAAGAGGAGGAAGAGAAAAGAAAGCAGGAGGAGGAGGAGAAGAGGCUGCAGGAAGAAGAAGAAAGAAGACAGCGUGAAGAUGAAGCAGCGCAAAUAAAAGAAAAGGAAGAAGCACAUCAGUUACAUCAGGAGGCGUGGGAGCGCCACCAAUCCAGGAAAGAGCUUCGCAACAAGAACCAGAAUGCCCAGGAUGGCCGUCCUGAGGAGACCUUCUUCAGCAGGCUUGAUUCUAGCCUCAAGAAGAACACUGCCUUUGUCAAGAAGCUGAAAACUAUCACAGAGCAGCAGAGAGACUCUCUCUCCAAUGAUUUCAAUAGCCUCAACCUCAGCAAGUACAUUGCGGAGGCUGUUGGCUCCAUUGUGGAAGCAAAGUUAAAAAUAUCUGAUGUUAACUGUGCUGUUCAUCUGUGUUCCCUCUUCCACCAGCGCUAUGCUGAAUUUGCCCCUUUGCUUCUCCAAUCCUGGAAAAAGCACUUUGAAGCAAGAAAAGAGGAGAAAACUCCCAAUGUAAGCAAGCUGAGAACUGAUCUCAGAUUCAUCGCUGAGUUGACGAUUGUCGGGAUUUUUACUGAUAAAGAGGGUCUGUCCCUCAUCUAUGAGCAGCUGAAAAACAUCAUCAACACAGACCGUGAGACGCACAUGCAUGUUUCAGUGGUGAUCAGUUUUUGCAAGCAUUGUGGGGAUGACAUUGCUGGCCUGGUGCCCAGGAAGGUGAAACUGGCUGCUGAGAAAUUUGGCUUGAGUUUCCCUUUGAGUGAGAUCAUCAAUUCUGAGAAGCAGCAGCCCUUCCAGAACCUGCUAAGGGAGUACUUCACUUCCCUGACCAAACACCUGAAGAAAGACCACAGAGAGUUGCAGAACAUAGAGAGACAAAACAGGCGUAUUCUACAUUCCAAGGGGGAGCUGAGUGAAGACAGACACAAGCAAUAUGAAGAGUUUGCCACAUCGUAUCAGAAGCUGCUUGCUAACACUCAGUCUUUGUCAGAUCUUCUGGAUGAAAACAUGCCUGAACUUCCACAAGAUAAAACUGUACAAGAAGAGCAUGGUCCUGGCAUUGACAUCUUUACUCCUGGCAAGCCUGGAGAGUAUGACCUGGAAGGAGGAAUCUGGGAGGACGAGGACGCACGCAACUUCUAUGAAAAUAUGGUUGAUCUGAAAGCCUUUGUACCUGCAAUAUUGUUUAAAGAUAAUGAGAAGAGUUCUCAGAACAAAGACAACAAGGAAGAAGCAAAAGAAGUUAAAGAUGGGAAGGAUAACAAAGAUGUGCCAAGUACAGAAGAGCUGGAGCUGGAGCUGGAGACGCUGGAUAUUAAUGACGAUACUCUGGAGAUGGAAGCAGUAGAUGAGGCAGAGGCAGAUGACCUUACAAAGAAAUUACUUGAUGAACAAGAACAAGAAGAUGAAGAGACAAGCACAGGCUCCCAUCUGAAGUUGAUAGUGGAUGCCUUUCUUCAACAAUUACCCAACUGUGUCAACAGAGACUUGAUAGACAAGGCUGCAAUGGAUUUCUGUAUGAAUAUGAACACCAAAUCUAACAGAAGAAAGCUUGUCCGAGCCCUUUUCACAGUUCCAAGGCAGCGGCUGGAUUUGAUUCCGUUUUAUGCUCGCCUUGUUGCUACAUUGCAUCCUUGCAUGUCUGAUGUUGCAGAGGACCUAUGCUCUAUGCUAAAAGGAGACUUCAGAUUUCAUGUACGGAAGAAGGACCAGAUCAAUAUUGAAACAAAAAACAAGACUGUAAGAUUUAUAGGAGAGCUGACAAAGUUCAAGAUGUUUUCUAAAUCGGACACUCUUCAUUGUUUAAAGAUGUUACUAUCUGACUUCUCUCAUCACCACAUUGAAAUGGCCUGUACACUUCUGGAGACAUCUGGACGAUUUCUCUUCAGGACACCAGAAUCCCACUUGAGGACCAGUGUCCUUUUGGAACAAAUGAUGCGGAAGAAACAAGCCAUGCACUUAGAUGCACGCUAUGUCACCAUGGUAGAGAAUGCAUAUUAUUAUUGUAACCCACCGCCAGUUGAAAAAACUGUGAGGAGAAAGCGACCACCACUUCAAGAGUAUAUUCGCAAACUCCUUUACAAGGACCUGUCCAAAGUCACCACAGAAAAGGUGCUACGACAGAUGAGAAAAUUGCCCUGGCAGGAACCAGAGGCAAAAAAUUAUUUAAUCUGUUGUAUGGUUAACAUCUGGAAUUUAAAGUACAACAGCAUCCACUGUGUAGCAAACCUGCUAGCAGGGCUGGUGGCAUAUCAGGAGGAUGUGGGCAUCCAUGUGGUGGAUGGGGUGCUUGAGGACAUCAGACUGGGAAUGGAGGUUAAUCAGCCCAAGUUCAAUCAAAGACGAAUCAGCAGUGCCAAAUUUUUGGGGGAAUUGUACAACUAUAGAAUGGUAGAAUCAGCAGUGAUCUUCCGGACUUUGUAUUCCUUUAUUUCAUUUGGUGUAAGUCCUGAUGGAACUGCCAGUCCACUAGAUCCUCCAGAGCAUCUGUUCCGAAUCCGUUUGGUUUGUACUGUUCUGGAUACAUGUGGACAAUACUUUGACAGGGGAUCAAGCAAAAGAAAACUUGACUGCUUUCUUAUCUACUUCCAGCGUUAUAUCUGGUGGAAGAAGAGUUUGGAUGUUUGGACCGAAGGCCACCCAUUCCCUAUUGAUAUUGAUUACAUGCUCAGUGAUACCUUAGAGCUGCUGCGACCAAAGAUGAAACUGUGUUGCUCUCUGGAAGAGGCUGUUCGGCAGGUGACUGUCUUGGAGCGUGAGUUCCUGGUUAAACUAGGGCUAGCUAAUGACAAAGACUCAAAAGAUUCGAGCAGUAUUAGAGAAGGAGAAGCCAUGGAAGAGGAAGAUGAGGAUGAUGAGGAGGAGUGUGGUGCAGAGACUGAGGAGCAGUCUGGAAACGAGAGUGAAAUGAAUGAGCCUGAAGAAGAGGAGGGUUCAGAGAAUGAGGAGGAAGAGGGAGAGAGAGAGGAGGAAGAGGAGGAGAACACUGACUACCUGACUGAUUCAAAUAAAGAAAACGAAACUGAUGAAGAAAACAAUGAGGUAACGAUAAAGGGUGGAGGUCUCAAACAUGUUGCAUGUGCAGAGGAUGAAGACUUCAUCCAGGCCUUAGAUAAGAUGAUGCUGGAAAACCUUCAGCAACGCAGUGGCGAGUCAGUAAAAGUGCACCAGCUGGAUGUAGCCAUUCCUCUGCAGCUGAAGAGCCAGCUAAAGAAAGGACCCCCACCUACAGGAGGUGGGGAGGGAGACACCGAGAUUGUAGACACCAUGCAGUUUGUGAUGUUAACGAGGAAGGGCAACAAGCAGCAGUUUAAGAUCCUAAAUGUCCCCCUGUCAUCCCAUCUUGCUGCCAACCACUUCAGUCAGCAGCAAGUGGAGCAGGAGGAGAGGAUGCGCAUGAAGAAACUCACCCUGGACAUUAAUGAACGGCAAGAGCAGGAGGAUUAUCAGGAGAUGUUGCAAUCCCUAGCACAGCGCCCAGCCCCUGCUAACACAAACCGGGAAAGGCGGCCCCGUUACCAACAUCCCAAAGGAGCGCCGAACGCCGAUCUCAUCUUCAAGACUGGAGGGAGGAGACGCUGAUAGAGGCAGUGAGUGUUGGUUCAGUUUGCCCACUGUGUCUCUAAUACUGUGGGUAAUGACAUCCUCAAUCACUUGAAUGAGAACAGCAGACACAUCUCACCAUGGCUGGAGAGUGAUCAGCACGGGGGGCUCCCUUUCGUCCAUGCUAGGGGUCAUGGGCAGUCAUUCCUGCCAGGGCGACAACAGAAUAAAAUGGCUUCCUAAACAAUUUGACGCAUCCAAAACAAUUACACUUAUCACAAGAAUGAGCGCAUUUGUCAGAUAGCCCAAUUAUACCUGAAUAGUUGGGCUGGAGGUAGAAGAGUAAAGGCUCGGAGAGGGAUCAUUUCUUGUAUCCAAGACAUUGAGUGAAACACACAGACCCUUUAUUUUCAGAAAUCUUUACAAAUUCACAGCAUUCGUCUGAUUUUAAUGUUCCUUUAAGAUAAAAAGAGAAAAUACAUUCACCAGUGAGGGAGAGUAUACAUGUAGUUAAGGGCUAACCAGAGGCUAUGAACUGUGCAAGUGAGUUAACAAAGGUCUGUCAGCAGGAACAUUUGAUUUAAAGGGACAGCAGCAGCUAGCAAACAUUACCACAAGUUUUUUUUUUUCUUUUUUCCUGCUUAUUAUGGCUAUAUCAAAUUAGAAAAAUUGCUAUGUUAAAAAGAGAUAAUUGCAAGUGGAAGGCGGCUUCAGGUUGUUUGUAUUUAGAAUUUGACUGAUCUGUGUGCUUUUAAAAUAAGUCACAUUAGACCCUGGGACAGAACUGUAAUGUACAGUUAAGUUACAAACUUUACACACUGAGUAAAAUUUUGGAAGUCGCAAGGGAGAGAACCACAAUGGUCAAUCACCCAGCUAGUCAUUGUGAGUAGAAAUAAAAAAUAAAAUAAAAAUGUUUUGAAUUAAAUUAAAUGGGUUACAUAAGUCAUCAACUGCUUUUUUCCCCUUAGUUCCAUUGAAAUAAAUACAAUUGCCAUGCAAGCAUUGAGAAUAUAACUCCAGGUUUGCAAGUUCUAUUGAUUUUUUUUUUUUUUUCCAUGUCAUUUCAUGUUAAAGUCUUUGCUUGCAGAAGUGUUGUUAUUAUUUAAUGUUUCAAGAGCUGCAUGGCCAUAUUCAUCAGCUGUAAACAUUUGUGACCUGCCAGUAUUGUAGUAAACUAUUAU